UUUGAAAUAUUUCAAAUAAAUUAUUGAUUGUGUUCUUCAACGGUCGCCACUUUAGAAGUAGAGUUUAGAGAAGCCAACAAGAUUUUUUGCAAGAUUUUCCUCGAUAAAAUACAUUAACGAUGACUACUGUUCGUAAUUUCUGUGGAGCCGAAAGUGUUGAUCGCAAUACUUCUAGAGUACUUGCACCUCCCGGUGGAAAAUCUAAUAUCAAUUUAUUUGGUGCAAGCUCUGGUUCUGAAAUACAAUCUAAACCAGUGAAUACAUGUCAGGCUGCAAGACAAGAAUCUCAUGUAUUUGAUUCUGUGAAAAGUAAUGUUCAAGUGAAUCCAUGUCAAGCAAAGCGUCAGGAAUCGCAUAUUUUUGACACAGCGAGCACAUCUCCCGUGCACACAUCCUCAAAAGUUUUGAAGGCUCCUGGUGGAGGAUCUUCAAUUAUUUUUGGUUGAUUACAUACCUCAAACUGAACAAAUAAUAUAUUUAUUUCCACGAUAGUAAAUAGUUGUUUUAAACUAGCUCAGUUGUUUUGACUCAAUGUAAAUUCCAAUUCUACUGCUGGACCUGUUUAUAUCUCUAUGUAUGAUGUAUAUAUGUAUGUGUGUGGAUUUUACUGAAAAAUCAUGAUUAUUCACUGA